AAUCACUUCUCGGUGAUUAAAACGAAGAUGGACCGCGAGUACAAGGAUAAGUGCAAAGCGCAGGUUCAGAACUUCAAGUUCAGCUAUAACAUUCAGUUUGAAGACGAGGAUGAUGCUCAGCUUUUCCACGCCGCCACCAGAGCGGACCCAGCAUUCCUUACCUGGACUGGCCCUCGCGAGGGGAAAGUCUACCAUCUUCGUGCUGGCUGGGAUCAGCCAUUGCCGAUUCGUCAGCGCUCCUUUGCCCUUGGCCAGUGUUGGCAGCUCAUUAUGGAUGGGAUGAAGGUGAAGGGUCUCUGGCAGCAAUCCAUGCGCCUCGGGUCGAACUUGUUCGCUGGCGUGCUCCACCUCUCCAACUCCGCCACGGAGGAUGUUUGGGAACUGGUCAAGAUCAUGGAGAACGAGGGCGAGCUUGGCACCUUCAACAUCACCCCGCAGAAGGACAUGCACAACCUCGGGUUCGAAGCGACCUUCGUCGAUGCUUUGGCUGGGAGGGUUGCUGCCAUCAUUGCCAAGCAGCGCUAG